CCACGCCCAUUAAAGUUCUUCAUACUUUAGACUGGCAGUAAAAUUACACUAGACAGUUUUGUUGUAGUUGCAGUUAUAAAGCUGUAGUUUUGUCCAGUCUGCAUUCAUCAUGAAUCCUUUUGGUAGUAAGAAAUCAGGAAAAACUUUCCUUUUCACAUCUGAGUCUGUAGGAGAAGGACAUUCUGAUAAAAUGUGUGACCAGAUUAGUGAUGCUGUUCUGGACGCUUACCUGACACAGGACCCGGACUCCAAAGUGGCCUGUGAGUGUGUGUCCAAGACUGGUAUGAUCCUCCUGUGUGGUGAAGUGACUUCAAAGGCUGUUGUGGAUCUUCAGAAAGUGGUUAGAGACACUGUCAAGAAUAUCGGAUAUGACGACUCAUCUAAGGGUUUUGACUAUAAGACGUGCAAUGUGCUGGUGUCACUGCAGCCUCAGUGUGCUGAAAUCAGUGACUGUGUGUUUGAAGGCCGAGACAUGGAGGACAUCGGCGCUGGUGAUCAGGGUUUAAUGUUUGGCUAUGCCACUGAUGAAACAGAGGAGUGUAUGCCACUCACCAUCCUACUAGCUCACAAACUCAACUCCAAAAUGAAGGAACUUUCAAAGACCGGAGUUUGUCCAUGGAUUCUUCCAGAUUCAAAAACACAGGUGACCGUGGAGUAUCGUGACAAUAUGGGUGCCAUGGAGCCUGUUCGUGUUCAUACCUUGGUCAUCUCAGUUCAGCACAGUCCUGACAUCACGCUGGAAGAUAUUCGUCACAAUCUGAUGGAGAAAGUUGUAAAGACGGUCAUCCCUGCUAAAUAUCUGGAUGACAAGACAAUUUAUCACCUGCUGCCUAGUGGGAAGUUCCUUUUAGGUGGUCCACAAGGAGAUGCUGGUCUCACUGGCAGAAAGAUCAUUGUGGACACCUAUGGUGGAUGGGGUGGCCAUGGCGGUGGAGCCUUCUCUGGUAAAGAUUACUCCAAAGUAGAUCGAUCGGGUGCUUAUGCUGCCCGGUGGGUGGCCAAGUCACUCGUCAAAGCCAAACUGUGUCGGAGAGUUCUGGUUCAGAUCUCGUAUGCUAUUGGCAUUAGUCACCCUUUGUCGGUGUCUGUCUUUCAUUACGGCACAUCAACGAGAGAUGAGGACGAGCUUUUAGAGAUCGUUAAGAAAAACUUUGACCUGAGGCCAGGGGUCAUUGUCAAGGAGCUUGAUCUGAAGAAACCGAUCUACCAGAAAACAGCCUGCUAUGGACACUUUGGACGAGAGGAAUUUCCUUGGGAAAAGCCGAAGAAACUCAUCUUCUGAUAUUCUAUGACACGAAUUACAAUUAUUUCUACAUUCCUUUCAGUUUUCAACGAUUACGAUAGUAUUUGUGCUAAUGCACCUUUCAUAUGCUUUACUGUGAUCAAUACUUUAUAAAUGGUUUAAUUUAUAGACAUGUUUUCAUAUUCUAGUAAAUUAGAAUUGAGCAUGUUUCAUAUGAAUUAAUAGAAUUCAGUUAGUUAAUGAAUUAUGUGGAAAAUGUGAUUUUUUUUUUUAUAUUACAUCUUGUGGAUCAUAUAAUAACCAUGAUGACUGUGAAGGGGUAAAACCCCUUUUAAUGGUACCUUAUUAGAGUUAUUACAUAAUUGUCCUUUUUUCAUGUAUAUCAAGUCAAUUGUCAAUUAAUAACACUUCCUUCAUGUUUACCAGCA